ACCGAUAGAAAGUAGCCACCGAAGGAUAUUGUUGCGCUGUUGUCAGGGCGAGGCAAGACCUCCAGGUUUAUUAAGGGAGAUCAGUGCUGUAGAAAACCACGUGCCCGCGCAUGGCACCCACGGCUAGUAGAGAAAGUUACUGCUGGAGCUAGGGUAGAAGGGGAGAGAGGAAUUUAUCAUAUGGACCUAAUAGUGCAUCGGCAGGCAUCUGUCAGUGAGUUACGAGGAAUUGACUUGCGUGCGCGCAAUUUGUACUCCAACAACUUCUUUGCAUAAGGUGCUCAGAGAACAUUGCAAAAGGAGGCACAGGGCACUGCUUGCCGGAUAGACCAACCUGCAUUGGGAAAACAGAUUCUAAUUCAAUAAAAUAUAAAUAGUCAGAGCAUAUGAAUUUGACACAGGCGUGCUAUUAAAGCUUAAAGUUAUUUGUAUAUGUUAUUAUUAGCGAGACUUAUUUAUCAGUGCAAGGGUAGUUUGUUUGUUUUUUCCAGCCAAUUGUGCUUUGUGAAUCUGCCUUUUUUAUUUGAAAAAAAACUUGAACUGAAAAGAUAACUCAAUGCCUCUGCAGUUUUGGCAAAGGUGAAUGAGCCGAUUAACAGCACUAGGGUGGUUUGUUCAACCGGUGAGCCUGGCUGCGGUGGGUCACGGAUUCACACGCCGAGUUACCCUUGAAAUAAUCAGAGAGGUUAGCAAAACUGACCAGUCACCUGCAAGCCCACACGUGACCUGCUGACAGGAUUUCCACUACGUCGCCUUGAAAUGAGGACCGCACCAGAAAACCGGGCUUUAUAAAAACAAACAUUAUCAUUUUACGGAUUUUGUUAUCCCGUCCCAAACAAAGAGAAACCUCGCGUUUUGCUCCAGUAACAAUGGAUAUGCGCAAAAACUGCAAUUCGUCUAAAAUGACAGUGUUGACAAAGAUCACCAAAGUUCGAAAGAGGAGAGAGAUGCUUUUUCUCCAGGUCUGCAUUAUUUGCAGUAUACUGUUUAUCGCGUGGAGCAUGUCAACGUUACUGUCAAAGAUGGGUCUUGAUACACCUGCAGUAGAAAGACAGACGGCUUCUGAACGGUGGGGGAAUAGGAAGUUGAUGGCGAUGGACAUGGAAAAUGAAACACUCCUCACCAAGAACUGCACAGAACCAGCUAUCCGUGAAUUUCCAGAAGAUAUAUUCACAAACCAGGAGAGACAACGGGGGGGUGUGCUGCUUCAUAUAUUUGCGGCCCUCUACAUGUUCUUUGCCUUGGCUAUUAUUUGUGAUGACUUCUUUGUUCCAUCGUUGGAACAAAUCUGUGAGAAACUCCACCUGAGUGAGGAUGUAGCCGGGGCCACUUUCAUGGCUGCUGGGAGUUCAGCACCAGAGCUCUUCGCUUCAGUCAUAGGUGUCUUCAUCACCCAUGGGGAUGUGGGCGUAGGAACCAUUGUUGGCUCGGCAGUAUUCAACAUUUUGUGCAUAAUUGGUGUCUGUGGAAUUUUUGCAGGGCAGGUCGUUGUGCUCACGUGGUGGUCCGUGUUUCGAGAUUCACUUUACUACACUUUCUCAGUGCUGGCACUAAUCGCGUGUAUUUAUGAUGAACAAAUCGACUGGUGGGAAGCCCUGAUUCUCAUCCUCAUGUAUGCUGGCUACAUACUAAUCAUGAAAUUUAACACAAGUUUGCAGAUUUUUUUCACUGCCAAGGUGGGGAAGAACUUAGCCAAUGGUGGCACAGUGAGCAACGAAACGGAGGAUGGUAAUGCUUGUUAUGACAUUAGGUGGGAUGACCCAUCACUGCCAUUACUGAGGAAAGUGAAAAUGAGCAAGACAUACAGCAAGAACUCAGUCGUGAUGGUGGACGAGAUCAUCUGCUCCAGCCCUCCCAAGUUAAGGUUCCCUGAAGCAGGCCUGCGAAUCAUGAUAACCAACCACUUCGGACCCAAGACAAGAUUACGCAUGGCGAGCAGGUUAAUCAUUAAUGAGCGUCAGAGGCUGGUCCAGGCUGCCAAUGGAGUGGAUAAUGGAGAUUUGGAAGGGAAGCAUGACAACAUAGAAAAUGGAAAUGUUCCCGAGGAUAAACAAGGUGAAGAUGAUGAGCCUGACCUGAGCUCUCCAUUUUCUAUACCAGCUGGCUGUAUGAAUAAAGUGAAGUGGCUCUUCUCCUGGCCAGUGCUUCUCCUGCUGUAUUUCACUGUCCCCAAUUGCGCAAAGCCCAGAUGGGAGAAAUACUUCAUGCUUAGUUUCAUUCUGUCCACAGUGUGGAUCGCUGUCUUCUCCUACUUUAUGGUCUGGAUGGUGACUGUGAUUGGUUACACCCUUGGAAUCCCAGAUGUUAUCAUGGGCAUCACGUUUCUGGCAGCAGGAACCAGUGUGCCAGACUGCAUGGCUAGUUUGAUUGUUGCCCGACAAGGUCUUGGGGAUAUGGCAGUCUCUAAUACAAUAGGAAGCAACGUAUUUGAUAUUUUGAUUGGCCUUGGUCUACCAUGGGGUUUGCAGACAAUGGUUGUGAACUAUGGAUCAGUUGUUAAAAUCAACAGCAGAGGUCUGGUGUAUUCAGUGGUACUAUUAUUGGGAUCUGUUGGCCUUACGGUAAUGGCUGUGCAUAUUAACAAGUGGAAGCUGGACAAAAAGCUGGGGGUGUACGUGCUGGUUCUAUACGCCGUAUUCCUGUGCUUCUCCGUCAUGAUAGAGUUCAACGUGUUCACCUUCGUCAACCUACCAAUGUGCCGAGAGGACAUUUAACCAGCCAGUCCCAGGGGGAGGCGAUAGGAGAGGGUUAAACUGUAUUAAGAGGCUUUUCAUGGCCUUGUAUUGUUUCACUUUUUCUACAUUCCAUCUAUCGCAGUGCAGCUUGUUGCGUUGUUCAUAAGCUGCCAGUGUGAGCCAUGUGUAAACAGGGGCAGCAUGUUGUUUUUUCUUUUCCUCUGUCAAGAGGCAGAUUUGAGUUGGAUUUGAAGUGUGUCCUGCCUUCCUCUUAUGAAAAACAGAGUCUGAUACGUUUGUUUUUGUCAGGCAACUACGGAAGAGCAGAAGUUCACGUUUCAUUUUUCAACACUACUUUUUUCUCUCUUCUUUCACUCCCUCCCUUUUUUCACAUGGCCGGGCAACUGUGAAAUCACUGGUUUUGUACAUCAAUGUUUUCUCAUUUGGUGCCCGUGAAGAGACGGUUUCAUUUUUCUUCGAAACCUUCAUUCUUUCUAAUUUGGAAUGUAAGUAAUUUUCUCAGCGUCAAGGAGCCAUGCAGCAUGAAAUAUUUCCAAUUACAGCUUUUUCUACUGCUAUCAGCAGACGGUGGUGAUUUUUUUUGUUUUUUGUAUGCCUUGAAGUGCUUAGGCUGUAUACAUUCUGUCAAGCAGUGAAAGGGAACUUGAUAGUUCUUCUGAAUGACGGAACAGAUUAGUAAAAUGACCUAAAAAAAGCGAGGUAUCCAAGUUUAUAAUGUGCCAUUCCAAAUAGGAUUUGUGGAUACAGUACCUAGCAACGUAUGUUGAUAGAUUUAUAGAUUUAAAAAUCUAUAAAUGCUCACCUAAACUUUACAAGUAAAGCAGGAAUCAAAAAAGACCAUAUCCUUUAUUUGUUUAUUUUAAUUUGGCAGUCAGACUGAGGACUCUGGAGAGGAGACACGCACACAAGAACAUUUGCUUAUGGAAAGGGAGGCAGCUUGUUAUUUUCUUUAAUACUCCAAAGACAAACAACUGGAUACAUUGUGAGCUUCCCUUUGGUGAAUGCUAUAAGAGAUUCAAAAUGACCUCCCAGGAUGCACCAUGUUUAAUUCUGAGAGUGCACCACAAGGAUACCUAGAAGACCACACCACAAUGACUAAGCUUGGGGGGAGGAGAGGGGUGGGGGUUGGUCAGUCCCCAAAAUGUUUGUAAUUACCAAUUAUUCCUAAUGGUACUAUUUUUAUUUAUUUAUUUAUUUAUUUAUUUAUUUCUUUCAACUAGACCAAAUGUCCGGUGCACAUAGGACAACACUUCUCUCAGACUUUACAUAGUGAAGAAAAACAUUUAACUGGUUGAAAAAUGGUCUUUUAGGGGUACUUGAAGGCUGACAACCACCAAGCCGGGGGCAUAAGCUUUCACAGAUUUCGGACUGCUCUCUUUAUCCAGGUUUUCUAUUUUGUGGUGCCAUUUCCAGUCGGGAGCUUUCAGAUCAAAUCCCUGGCAUGCUGAGUUGGAGAGUGCUGUAUUGGCCUCCCACUUCAUUUUAUUUCUACCAUGCCCAUUGCAAUGCUGCUGGCAGCUAUACACGUCUUCAGAAAAUCUGGAGAAACUUUCAGCCAAUAUACAAGGUAAAGCAAAAGUUGCUAGGCACUUUGAAAUAAGGCUUAGACUUUUACCUCUCCUGGUAUAUACAAAUAUAUAUUGUGUAUGUCAAUUAAAUUGUAUGUUCCUGCAGCUGUUUUGAAAUUUAUGCAAGUCAUCUAUAAUAUCUGGGCCAAAGGCCUUGGGAGAUACCUCAGUUUUGAGAAACUUCUUAAAUUAGAACAGCAUUCCCAGCCUCAUAACAAUGUUUUCAGUGUAGGUUUGCCCCACAGCUGUGGAUUGGUGACCACGGUCUAAGCAAAACCAAGUUUUGGGUAUGAAAGGGAGGAUGUAGUUGCUAGAUCUUUAAAUACAUUAUGAACUAAGCUGUAUAUGAAAACCCAUUAUUGUAAGAUUUUUUUAUCCUGAAUGCUGUCAAAUGCUGUGUACAGUAUCUACUUUUUACGUUGUGUUCUGGCAUGAAUUCGAUCAUUUGUUAUUGACAGGGUUGGUCUUUUGAAAUUCAGCACAAAAUAAGCUGUGUAGAAUUUGUUUUUGUAUUUAUUUGUUUUUUACUUUUGGUUCUGACAGUAAAUCUAGGCCUCUGCUAUGUCACAAAUGUAAUUUGCUAUUAAGUUUUAAUGAAAGUGUAAUUCUAUAGAUAUAACAAAUAUGAAAUUAGAAGCAAAGGCUCAUUAGUAAAUCUGCUUGGGAAUGUUUUUCCUGUGUAGAUGUAAUAAGUAAAUGAUUACCAUAUCCACACUUCAAGGCUCAGAGCUAGCUUGCCGAAUCUCAGAUGUGUUUUAAAAUGUGUUGCUUAACAAACUGAAAGCUCUGAGGAAAACAAAGUCUGCAAUGUAAUCUUGGAGGUGCGUCACCUUACAAGGCUGAAUUACUGCCUUGUCAUGUCGUCCUAAAGCUUUAAUUGGUUCCAUUGGUGUUGGACUAUCCUCGAUUCACCGCAUUCUGCAUGUUCGCUUUUAUUCUGCAGCUUUUAAUUUCAUAGAUUGAUAACCUAAAUGGUGUAGAAUUUGGUCUUUUAACAUCUGGAGAUUUGAAGAGAGAUCCUCCCUACAGAACCAUUGCCAUUGAAGACUAUUUGGGACAAUACUGGGGCAGGCACUGGCAGAAAACCAAGAAAAUAACAGGUUGUAAUGCAAUGCUGCUGAUGGACUCUAUCAAAAGUACAGAGUCUGCUAUUUAUCUCCUUUUUUUUUUUUUUUUUUUUCUUGUCCCCUGCUGUGUACGGCCUCCAGAAAUUCUGCUGCUGGCUUGAACCCUGUAACCAUCAUAAAAUAAUCAUUUGAAAGACUACAUCAUGUUACCCCAUAGAAUCUGCUGCAAUAGAGACCAACUCCACAAAAGAACAUGUAUUGCAACUGCAGCAGUUUUAUUUUGGUUUCACAAGUUGGUAAAGGGCAUAGUUACAGUUUUCUUCCUGAAAAUGCCAAAAGCAAACUAUAUUAGUGAAAGGGAGAGCACAGCUCUGUGAGGAAAUUAAAAAGCAAUGAUGAAAAUGUUUGUUUACUCUAAUGAAUUGUGGUGUUUUUUUGUUUUUUUUUUCUUGCCUCAUUAGAAUGCAAUCAGUUGCUGACAGGAACAGUUGAUGAAAAGAUUCAAACUUUCUAUCCUCUGUGUCAAGCAAAACAUGUUUAUAAUGUGGAAGUCACUGCACCCUAACCCAAACCACUCGGCACAGCAGAGACCAAGCUCUCCUGCUGAUUUCUGGUGCUUCUUGCUGAUACCAGUUAACUUCAGACACCGGCAGCUAUUGUUUAAACUGGAGAUAUCUUUUAAAGUUGUACUGGUUUAAAAAAACAAUUGGUACCAGAAAGCUGUAAGAUAACCGAAACACUAUCAGCAGGUCAAGCAGUAUGGACUGGUUUCUCGGGAUGGUAUAGUGCAUACUGGAUCCAUUCUCGUCACAAUGACUUGCAUGUCUUUCCAAUGAUAUAACUGGUUUCUGGUGUAACCCUGAUUUGAGUUCUCAUAUUAACUUCAAGACGCUUAAUCAGUAUUCUAGGUGUCAAACAAAAAGAAAAUCUUGUUUUGUUAUGUCUGUAAGGAAAGGGUGAAGCCAUGGUUCUACUGCAAACACCGUGGUAUAAAUGGGGGGAAAUGCAAUGUAGAACCAGAGAAAUUCAUGACCCAAUUGACAUUUUACUGGCAAACGUCAUUCAGUAAUGAACCAAAAUGAUUCUGAAAGAAGAGCCAACAAGAUUAUGAGAAACCAGGAGUCCAAUUCAUUCGGGGGGGGGGGGGAAGUGGUAUGCUGUAUUGUCUUGUAAACUCGGAGGAUAGUGAAUCACGAAAGCAGUUGAGGUUUCUGAUUGUUUGCCUGUUUCUACCUUUUUUAUUCUGUGUUUUUGCAAGAUAUUUGUAAUUCUCUCUCUCUCGCUCUCUCCUGUACAGUCAGAAUGGGUUCUAGAAAUCACAACCCAAGACUGCUAUGCUAUUUGGAUAUGAAAAUACUCCCUGCACUGUCUUUGGAGGAGGUCAGUGAUCACACAUGCAGUAGGCAGAUAUUUUCUAUUUUAAAGGUGGAUACAAUGAAAUAGACUAUUUUUUGGCUUUGUUAAGCUGUCCUAUUAACAAUGGACAUACAUUUCUAAUUAUUAUGAAUAUAGUAAAUUAUUUAUAAUGAAUACAGACUGACUUGUAUAAAUUGUGUGGCUUUGGUUAAAAUGGCCCAACUCUGCUGUUAUUUGUGGAAUAAUUCUGACUGUAUUUAUCAGGCAUUAUUGAUACAUAGUGUGGACAGUGAAUUUGUGAUACUAUAUUAAAGGUUAGUCAUAACAUUUGUAACUUUUUUAUGAAAUGUUUUUAGUGUUUCUCAAAAGCAAAGGGUAACUAUAAAGCAACAUUGUAAAUAUUCUUUUAAAUUAAAGAAAUGCCUGUAGGAGGGGAAAAAUACUAUUUUAUACAGUACUGUAUUACCAUACCGCCAAAAAUGUUAUACUAAUUAAAAUAUAUAUGUAUACAGUAAGAAUACUGGCAAUACUGUAGUAUACCACUGUACAGCGAAUGCUGUGGGUGUAUUUUACAGGGUCUUUCUUGGGAUGUAAACACACAUAGAAAAUCUUUACAAUGGCACUUUAGAAGCUAAAAGGAGCUUCGUUUUACCUCAGUAAAAGUCUUAAUAAGAACACUAGAAGAAAAUAGUAUUCCCUUUUUCACAAAACGCAUGUGUGGUCACUCUCCGGUGCCCAGAAGAAACAAAUCAAUGGUUAUGUUCUUGAUUUCUAUGUUUAACGAAACCUUCUGUAAAUUUACACAAUGUAAAUUUCAGAGGAUAUUUAUUACAAAGGUAAGUACAUACCUGUUUAUUAAUAUACAGCUUUUAAAAUUAAUCAGGCUACAACAAUGAUGAUACAAAGAGAUAUUAUUAGCUUAUGUGGGAAAAGUAUGUAAAAAUCAUUGAGAAUCAAAUUAAAUGUAAAUAAAUCUGUUGUUUCAAAGCAAUGUUGUGAAAUGGAAUUGAUGUGGCCUCCCGCAUCACCAAGCACAUGCUUUCCAAAACCCAGUAAAAAAAAAGCUGGCUGUACAAUAGACAGGUUUGUAAUUUAUGAGAAUAAAUGUGACCUAAUGCACUGUGAAUGCAAUGUGAUUUGAGGUCAUGUGUAAAAUAAUAAUGGAAACAAAAGAUAAUAAUGAAAAACCGAAUGUAAGUGAAAACAGAGAUCUAUGUAUUAUAUGAAUGUAUUGUCUUGCCAUCAACAGUAGUGUCAGAUCAAUGUAAAGCAAUAAACAGAAGAAAGAAACAUGGCAAAAUGAAAUUCUUGUACAUUGUUAUAUGAAACCUUGAAAUUUAAAAAGAAAUGUUCUGUAACAUAACCAAUUCAUGAAUAAACUUUAUAAAACAUU